GACAAAUCGCAGAGCGCAUCCCUGCGUGUGUUCACGCCAAGAUGCGGCGUGGGAUGGAUCUGAUGCUCGAAGAGCGGCGGCGGUCUUCGCCCGCACGCCCAUCGCGGAUGCUCAUCCUCUCCUUGGUGCUGACGAUGAUCCCAGCCCCCUCUCUGUCAGCCUUCCUCUCCCCCCGGCACCCCUCCGCAGCUCUGCACAGAACCACACGGCCACUCAGGCGGCAACAAGAUGAUCACGAGGACGUCGCCAAGGCCAUCGACAGGAGGCGCAUGCUCAACACGGCGCUCAUCAUGGGCUUCUUCGGCACGCUCAACUUUGCGGGCGACCUGGCGCACGGCAACUCGCGGCCGGACGAUUGGUUUGAGCCGGAUGUGUCGACGGCGAUUGGUGAGUAUGAGCUCCUUCAGGACUUUCUGGAGCAGUUUGACAGUGGCAGUGGGAAGAGCUUCCCGCGAGACAACCUGCUGGCGGAGAUCAUCUUGCCGGUCGAGUACUCAUUCCCGCCUGACGCUUUUGCUCGGCUGGAUGAGAGCGAUGACGGCAAGUUCUACGGUGAGGGGGUCAGGAUGAGCAUUUCACACGUAUGCAUGGACAAAGGACCUAUGUGUGGUCGUGUGUUUGCGUGUGUUUGUAUGUGUGUGUGCAGGGGAGCCACGCAUUGUCCACCAUAUCGGUACGCAAGCCAACUCAUGUGUGUGAAUGCAUCUGUGUGUGCACUGCUCUGUUGCUCGUGUGGUUUGUCCCCGUGUGUGUGCAGACCAGGGUGCCCGCAAGGCGCUCACCGACUUUUAUGCCGAGUAUCUGCCCGUCCAUGAGGGCAUAGCAUACCUCGACCUCUGCUCCUCAUGGGUCUCCCACCUCCCCGAUAACUUCAAACCAAAAGUAAGGAGCCAGCCGCCACACUUUUGCUUUGAAAUGGAUGGAUGGAUGUGUGUAUGUGUGUGUAUGUGUGUGUGUGUGUGUGUGUGUGUAGCGUGCUGUCGGGCUUGGGAUGAAUGCGUAUGAGUUGGAGCAGAACGAGAGGCUCACCGAGUUCGUGGUGCAGGACCUCAACAAGAACCCCAAGCUGCCCUUCAAAGACAACUCGUUCGAUGUCGUCACAAACGUUGUCAGGUGGGUGUGCACAAGAUGAUAAACGAACGACAGCACAGCACAGCUUCCUUUGCAUCUCUGUGUGUGUGUGAGUGCAGUGUGGAUUACCUGGUCCGGCCGGUGGAGGUGUUUCGUGAGAUGUAUCGGAUCCUCAAGCCGGGCGGGUGCGCCGUCAUGAGCUUCAGCAACAGAUGCUUCGUCUCUAAAGUAAGUGACCAAGCCGGCCUUCAUGGGCACACAGGCGUGCACUUGUGCACUGCAUUGAUGUGUGGGUGCUCUGUGUGUGUGACUGGCACUGUCAGGCCAUCAAUUUGUGGCUAACGACGACCAAUCUGCAGCACUGCGGAAUCGUGGGCCUCUACUUCAAAAUGACAGGUCAGUCAGUCCGCAAUGAAGCGCAAUACAUCCAGCCCACCUAGCACAGCCCAGCCGUGCAAUCCCCCCCUCUCUCUGUGUCUGUGUAUCUCGUGUAGGUUUUGACAACAUCCAGGCGCGCGACCUGUCUGGUUGGGGGACCGACCCCAUGUACGUGGUCUUCGCCGAGAAGGAUGCGUCGUUCUGACCGACAGACACAUGGGGGGCAUGGCCACACUCAUAUAGAGAGGAAGAGGCGUCUGAGCUCUGCAGAGAGGGGAUGGAUGGAUGGAUGGAUGGGCCACUCGUGUAUGUGUGUGUAGAGAGCGGUAGUGCGUGUGGCGAGUGUUUUGGCCAGCAGGUGUGCAGGGUGGGGUGCGUGUCUGUCUGUACUGAUCUCAUCUCAUGUCAUCUCAUGUCAUCUGUCUCACUCGCUCACUGUGCAGCAGUGCACACUGUGCACUCUUGGUCACUUGAUCGAUCACUGUCUGUGCAGCCAACGGUCUUGCCAAUGUGCCUGCCUUGUCAUCACGACGAACGAGAGUAGGUGCCUGUCUGCCUGUCUGUCCGUCUGUCUGUCGAUUAUGAGAAUGGAGUUUUGGGCUUUUUGGACACAUGUUAUGACCGACUGCAUACCUGCAGCCCUGUGCGUGUGUCAAUUGCACCCCUG